UAACAGUCGAAACCAUUCUUGAUUCUUCCUACCUCCAUUUUCAUUGAUCCAUAACUUCUCAGUUAAGCUUUCUUCCUCCUUCCUUCUUCUGCAUUCUCCCACUACGCUAUCUAUAUAUUCCCAAGCUCCAUCACAGAACUGUAAAACAAACCCUAACUCGAUCUGCAAAUAUGGCUAACGAGAUAUGGAUCAUUCCGUUUUUUGGUCAGGGCCAUUUGUUCCCUUCAAUGGAGCUCUGCAAGCACUUGGCCUCCAGAAACUUCAAAGCCGUUAUGGUUAUCUCUUCCAAAGUCUCCUCCUCCGUACCCUCAUCUCUCCGCCAACACCCACUCGUCGAUAUCGCUGAGGUUUCUGAAACCCCACCAUCUGAUUCUUCUCCUCCGCCGCAGAAGCCGAGUUCUCAGCCACUUCACCGCCACCACGCACACCACAGCCAGAUUGCAGUCGGGCUUGAGAAGCUCCUCCAUGAUCCGGAUUCAGUCCGACCCCUUUAUGCGGUUGUUGACAUGAAGAUGAGCUGGACUUUCGAGAUUUUCAAUAGAUAUGAAAUUCCGGCGGUCAGCUUCUUCACCUCCGGUGCUUGCUCCGCCGCCAUGGAGUAUGCCAUGUGGAACGCCCAACCUUUAGAUAUCAAAGCUGGUGAGACUCGCUCACUACCCGGGUUACCCCAAGAAAUGGCUAUUACGGUUUCAGAUCUCAAGCGACCGAGAUUUCCUCCUGAACCACCUCGAAAAAAGUUUGGGGCGGAGAGACAUCACCCAACCAAUCCCGGUGAUAAACCACCGUGGCUAGAAGAAAUCGAGCCGUGUAUGGGAGUCUUGAUCAACACGUGCAACGAUCUGGAGUAUCCAUUCAUCGAGUACGUCUCCAAUAACAUCGGAAAACCAGUUUGGGGCGUGGGCCCGCUCUUGCCCGAACAAUAUUGGAAAUCGGCCGGUUCGGUUUUCCACGACCACAAAAUUCGAACCAAUCGGAAAUCAAAUGUCACCGAAGAAGAGAUAAAUGUGUGGCUAGAUACGAAACCACAUGGAUCGGUGUUGUACAUUUCAUUUGGAACUGUGGGGGGUCCCGCUAAGGAGGAGUACGAGAUACUAGCCAAGGCGUUGGAAGCGUCAACCCGGCCAUUCAUAUGGGUGGUCCAAACCAAUGCAGGCCUCUCGCGGGGUCUUCCCGGCCCUCCACAGUCCGGUUCAGACCCUGAAGAGGCCUAUUUUCCGCACAAGCUGAAUGCUCGUGUCGGAAAAAGAGGCUUGAUCAUACACGGGUGGGCGCCACAGCUCUUGAUUCUAAGUCAUCCAUCAACAGGAGGAUUCUUAUCGCACUGUGGGUGGAAUUCUACUGUGGAGGCAGUUGGUCGUGGAGUUCCAUUCUUGGCGUGGCCAAUUAGAGGGGAUCAAUACUCGGACGCUAAAUUGGUAGCGAGAUAUCUCAAAGUUGGGUAUCUGAUUUCUGAGGAUUUCUCACAGAGAAUAAAGGAGGAGGAUAUAACGAGAGGAAUUGAGAAGCUACUGAGUGAUGAAGACAUGAAGCAACGAGCUGUGAAGCUUAGUGCUAAGUUUAAGCAUGGUUUUCCAACAAGUUCUGUGGCUGCUUUAGAUGCUUUUGGAGACUUCAUUAGACAGAAAGGCAAAGCAACUUCAGCUCAUUGACUUUGUUCUUGUAUGGUAAUUAGCAGGAUAUCGUGAAUCCUUAAUGUGUUUACUACUCCCAGAGGCCUCUUUUUCUUAUCGUCAAUCUAUUGCUUGUUAUUGCCAAAAUUGAUGGAGACUAUUCAUAAUAUUCUUCCCUGUGCUCAAAAUCUCUGCAAAAGAAGAGUCAUCUCAACCCCAAGUUGUCUUUACUGUGGUGCUAAGGAAGAAUCUAUCAUGCAUACCCUUUGGAUGUGUCCCCAAAGCAGAGAAGUCUGGAAACUUGCAGAUUGGUUCUUUGUUGGAGACUUGUACAUUGUUGGAGAUGACUUGAUCCUCACAAUCUUGUGGUCAAUGCAAGGCUGUGGAACCUUCUCCAAUUUCGACGAGUCCUAACCCUCCAGGUGUAUCAGCUUGAUCCAGCUCCAGCCUGAGCAUGACGAUUGAAUUGAAACACACUUCCCUCGUAUCUAUGUUGAUCCUCCAACAUGGCCACCCCCAACCUAUAUGAGUGGUUAAUUCCUCACGGCGCGGGCAACAAACCGUGGAACCUAUAGACAUGUUGUUUGAUUUUGUUUUGAUUGGGGGGGGGGGGACCUAUUUAAUUACUUAUAUGAUGGCUCUAUGUUUCAAGUCCUGUUUUGCUUGAUAUCGUAUAUAUGAGCUUCAACAAGUUGCAGUACAUGAUUGAUAGUAUUGUGUA